CGCUCGUAGAAGUUUCGUUCUGCGACUCGUCUCGUGCGGACGCGCGGUCACCGUUCGAGAAAGCCGCGAAACUCGACAAAAAUUCGUGGAUUACGGUAAACACGCAAAUGUGAUUUCAAAACAUUGCGACAAGUUGUAAAAAACAGUAUCAGCGACGACUUCCGGCACACCUGAACCAAUCGCAGAACCGCCUGAUAACGCCGACCAGGUGCCAUGUCAGUGUUCGCCUGUUGCAUUCGUCGGGGAAAAAAUUAGAGGACAAGAUUGGUACCUUUCCUUAAAAUUUCGUUCUUUUGAUUGUUCUUAAGAAAUCUUUGGACAUCCAAGAAACAGGUUUCGCACAAAGUCAUCGAAGAAUGGACGAAACACGUCAGCAAGCAUUACUGCAGGAGGCACCGGAAAUAUCAUGGGAGAACACGUUAGGCGCGCCGAACGGGGUGCCCUUUGACGACGAUACGAAGGAGCUUCUCAGGACAUGCUUGGAUGUCUCUGCACCGUCACCCACGACCCUGGCACAAAUCAUCAAACGAAGCGAGGUUUUCCCUAUAAACUUCCCGAUUAACACGACAAGAUGCUCCGCUUUGAGGGACAGAGGAAUUUCCACAGAGAUCCUCGAGAUGAAUGCGAAUUCGGUUUAUCCGCUGAUACACGAGGCAAUGCUACCGUUGAUCGCGCGAUGGCUGAAACACAAACAAACGUGCGGCAGUGCAAUCGAGAGAGCAAUGUACAAGGAUAUGGGAUUGAUACAGUUUAUUCACCGUUUGUUGGAAAAACGAGCGGUGCAUUUCUAUGGGUCGGACGAUCGAUGGAAAUUGAUUGACGGGAAGACGGGCGUCGAUGGAUGGGAGCACGUUGGUACCGAUAACGAGAAAGAGCCUCUGGUCCUGACGAAGUGCUUGUCCUACGACGAGAUCAAGCUGUCCGCGAUGCUGGCGAUGUCCUCCCACACCGAAUUCAUAAACGACGGCUCGCGACAGAACAGAGGCGUCGUGAGUGCCGAUCCAGACUCCAUUCAACCGAGAGGAGUCAUUAUAGGUGUCGUGGGAACAAGAUUCAAACGGCCACGGCUCAUGGAAUACCAAGACAUUCUUAUCACACCUCUGCAAAAUACCUUGGAGAACGGAUACGGACCACCUAACACAGGCAGCUCAGAUGGGCAACGAGAUAUGCGUCUUUUAUGGGCGAAAUUUUACGGCGAAGAGUACCUGCCACUUUACGAGGAAACAGUGAAGCGUGUAAAAUCGAAGGAGAAUAAGAGAUACCUUUCAUUGUCGAGUCAGACAGUCUUCGAUAUCGAAAAUUACAUGAAAAGAACACUGCUCACCGUCGAGAUUAUACUUCUCGAAGCAAACACGAGAGCUGAGAAGCAGAAUACAACCGCCUUUUUGCACGUUGUAGGAUUUGGUCUCGGUGUAUGGAAAAUAAUUCAAGACCAAGAAAUAUAUUUCUUGAAAACCUUCGAGAUCGCCAUCAGGAAGAUGAACAAGAAGCUAAGAUACGUCUCCGAUAUAAUGUUCGCGUACUUCGGACAGCAGAAAUGCGGCGACGCAGGAAAUGGCGACUAUCUCGGAGAUAUAAAGAUUCAUUUCGCUCUUAGGGAGCCACACAGCAAACUAUUCAGAUCCACGGACGUAAACAAGCUCCUCGUUGUGACUUACGCGUGGGACGGAAACGCGCUGCCAGGGAACGAGUUUUGGAACAAAUUCCUAGCAUCGAGCGGUGAUUCUGCGGCGGCGUGUAGUUGCCAAAUAGCUGAAUUACACACAUCAAGAAUUAAUCCCCGAGCAUGCGGCGCCAGCGUGCACGUGGCCUCAGCUGAGCACGGUAUUUUGCACAUAUCGGACUACGCGAAGCUACAUCUUACUUAGGAGAGGGCUGGCCCGCUGGGCACCAUCGGUCAGCGAAGACCAUCCC